GGCUCGGAGCGGCCCCGGCGCGGCGCCUCCCGCCGGGCCUCGGCGCAUGUGAGCGGCGGCGGCGGCGGUGCGGCGGCAGCGGCAGGGCGGCGGCGGCGGAUCGGCCAUGCGGUGGCCCCGCGGCCCCCGCGGCGCCUGGCGGCUGCUGCCCCGGCGCUCGCUGCUGGCCGCGCUCUUCCUCUUCUCCCUCUCCUCCUCCUUCCUCUACUUCGUCUAUGUGGCGCCGGGCAUCGUGAACACCUACCUCUUCAUGAUGCAAGCCCAAGGCAUCAUGAUUCGUGAAAACAUGCGAACAAUAGGAGCUCAGGUGUACGAGCAGGUGGUCCGCAGUGCCUAUGCCAAGAGGAACAGCAGCGUGAAUGACUCAGAUUAUCCUCUUGAUCUGAACCACAAUGACACCUUUCUGCAAGCCACAACGUUUCUUCCUGAAGACUUUACCUAUUUCCCCAACCACACCUGUCCCGAGAGGCUCCCUUCUAUGAAGGGCCCCAUUGAUGUAAAUAUGAGCGAGAUCACCAUGGAGGAUAUCCACCAGUUCUUUUCAAAAGACCCUUCCAUCAAGCUGGGAGGCCACUGGAAGCCGAGCGACUGCCUGCCUCGCUGGAAGGUGGCGAUCCUGAUCCCGUUCCGCAAUCGAUACGAGCAUCUUCCCGUCCUCUUCAGACACCUUAUUCCCAUGCUGCAGCGGCAACGUUUACAGUUCGCCUUCUACGUUGUGGAACAAGCUGGAAACCAACCCUUUAACCGUGCCAUGCUCUUCAAUGUUGGCUUUCGGGAAGCAAUGAAGGACUUGGACUGGGACUGUCUCAUCUUUCACGAUGUGGACCACAUACCAGAAAAUGACCGUAACUAUUAUGGGUGUGGACAGAUGCCGAGGCACUUUGCAGCCAAGCUGGAUAAGUACAUGUAUCUGCUCCCUUACAGCGAGUUCUUUGGCGGGGUGAGUGGCCUGACUGUUGAGCAGUUUCAGAAGAUCAACGGUUUCCCUAACGCCUUCUGGGGCUGGGGCGGCGAAGACGAUGACCUCUGGAACAGAGUGCAGUACGCAGGCUACUCGGUGACUCGACCGGAAGGAGACACAGGGAAAUACAAAUCAAUUCCCCACCAUCAUCGGGGAGAAGUGCAGUUUCUAGGAAGGUACGCCUUGCUGAGGAAGUCAAAAGAAAGGCAAGCCCUGGACGGCCUCAAUAACUUGAACUACUUUCCAAACGUCACGUAUGACGCCUUGUAUAAGAACAUCACUGUUAACCUGACACCAGAGCUGGCUCUGGUGACCGAAUAUUAAGAGGAGAAAAUAACUUUGCUCUGCCCUUCACCAAGAAAGCACCACACUAGACUUUCUUUUCCAAGGAUUAUCGAGGACAAGCAACACUUUGUCUAAUGAAGGAUCACAGUAUUUUGGAGAAUUAAGGCUGAAAGCGCACGCACAAAUUGCCCUAGCUGUACCAAUCCAGCCCGAUACUCGUGCAGCGAGCUCAGCAGUCUCUUUCUUUUUUCCGCCACUUGCUUUCUGGGUUUCAGGACAACGGUUCGACCUGCUGCUCUAGUCUCCACAUUCCUCCUUCAGCAAUCUCUGGCACCGCAACUCGCCUGGGACACACUUUCUCCUCCGGGAAGCGGCUGAGCUGAGGGACUCUGGCUUCUCGACGGUGAACGUCAGGAGCAAUUCAGUUGGCAACUGCCCUGGUGGGAGAUCAAACAACUUCUGAUACCAUUUUAUGUCUGUGCGGUUUUUUAAAUGACCUGCUUGAAGUAUAUACAACAGAAUCGCUUCUUAAAGAAGUGCAAGUGUAAAUAUGCUGUGUAAAUUGCCCCUUUUUAUUUUUCUCCUAUGGCUCAAAUCCAAGCUAGAGGUUUACAUACGGUCACUCAUUUUAGUCCUGAAUUCUGUAAACACUUGUGUGUGCAGCACUUUACUUGUGCAAGGUGUUCCCUUUUAAGCCAGUGAGACUGCUUGCAUGACUUAAGCUGUGCAUAUGCAGAAAUGUCUGUGGGACAGGGCCCUAAACUUUCCAAUGUAGUGGAUGAGAAAUACAGCUGUGUCAUCGCUCAUUCCAGAAACCACGGGGGUGGCUUUUUCCAGUGAGAGUGAGGAAAUGGGAAUAUUUAUUAAAAAAAAAAAAAACAACCCACACACAAAAAAACCAAACAACAAAAAACACCAAACCCUUUCUGUCGCUUUUGCAACAUGUGCAAAUGAAUCCAAAAGCCAUACGGAAUAAAAUCCCUUGCCUGUUGCUGUACAUGCCGCUGAUGGCAAGUCCGAGCUUGGCUGUUUGCUCGAGAGCUCGCAUCCACGCUGCUGCAGCCCCAGGUCGGCGUCUCCUGCCCACGUGCUGUCCUCGGGAUGGGGCAGCUGGCCACGCCGCUCUGAACGCAUAGCACCCUGCCGUCACGCCUGUAAUGUGACGGUGUGGUUUGGGAGGUUGUUUUAUUUUGUAUUUAUUGUGUAAAUCUAGCAGCGCACUGAAGUGCUGCCGGAGCCAGGUAGGGCACUUGGUUGUCACCAUCAGCUCCUGGCAGCACUCGCACAAGCCCAGCUGGUGGGGCAGGUUGUCGCAGGUUAGUGAGAGAAAUGAAGGACACAUGAAUCAUGGGGGGGGGGAAAUGAGGACCGGGAACCAGAGAGCUUGGUCUGACACCCCAUCCAAACUGACGUGCCCCCUCCCUUCUGCCCCCCCACCCCCCCCGCCAUCCCCUCCUUCCCCAGGGCCACGGUGGGCAGGCUGGGCUCCAGGCUCUCCUCCCUGCGGACACUCAAUCCAGCCCUUACACAGCGCCCACACUGUCACUUUUACCGGACCUCUCUGACUUAGAAGUAAAUACGUUGGGGGUUGCGUUUUAAUUUGUAUUUAUACAUAACAACGGUGGGUACUUAACCUCCGAAGUACUUCAACUUUCUUUUUUAUUGUGUUGUUUGCCUUCGGUUUCCUUAACUUCUCAUGGUUUACAUUGUUUUCUCGGUUCUGUGGACGUAUGAUCCCCAUACGCAUCUGUUGUGGGUGUGACUGCCCAGGGCAUUCCUAACCUGUAUCCAGAAAAUGUUAGUUUAGAAAACACAAGUUCUUGUUGUGUAGAUCUUAUCGGCCGGUAUGAGAGGACAGCGAGCCUGCCCUUGAAAAGCGCUGAUAAGUUUGUAACUUGGGUUUAAAGUCUUUGAACUUAGGUGUGCUUUAAACUCGCUUCCCGAGGGGGUUCAACCUGGUUAUUUAUAGGCGGAGGUGAGGAUUUGCUUUUUAUGGCGCAUAUAGCAAUAAAGACUUUUGCUUCUGAAUCUCUCUCUCUAAUUCACGUGGACCCUUUUCAGAUGCUGAACCCGCGUUGCCCUGCCCCUCUCUUCUUUCAUCUUGAGACCUUGCUAGAAAUCUGUCUUUGUUUAAUGGUGCUUCAAACAAGGAAUGUAUUUCAACUAGUCCGAGUUCACUACCCCAGGAAUCAUGCAUGUGUGUGUGAGUAGGUGUUAAACUACCUUAGUUGGGAUCCUUCGAUGUGUACCUGACACCCAUCGCACCUUGUGUUGAACAAAAAGCUGUUACCUCUGCUCAGAAAUGCACUCUGUGGUUGGCACAAAAGGGUCCAUCUUCCCCCCCUCCUCCCCAAGCAGCAUCCCUCUUCAUAGUUCCUUUGUUCUAAUCAUGUUUAAAUUUUAUUUUUUUUUUCCUUUUUAAAAUGUGGAAUAUCUGAAAAUGUGCACUGUUAAUCUUAUCAGCUAUGUCAAAUACUGUAUAGUAAAUGUAACUGUUAAAAACAUACUGUCAAGCGCAUGUGCUGUUAUGGUGUAAAAAUUCUCGUAUUAAGGAGAACUUGUACAUAUUCUGGCAGCUGAAAUUCAACAAGGCCACUCGUUCGCCCCUUCCAUGUCAACACCGUCGGUCAGCCCCACUGGAGGGCAGGUCCUGUUCGAUGCUGAUUUUUAUUUCUUUUUUUUUUUUUUAAAUGAGCCAUGUGGGUUUUAUUUGCAAAACUAUUUAUUGACAGUUAAUUUACCUGUAAAGCUCUGCUUCUCUACGGGAGGUACCGUCUGAGCAACAGCCACGUGCUUCAGGUCGUUCAGCAUCAGAAGUGGCUUUAAACUCUUAAAGUAGCUUUCCAUCGCCAUGGCUUUUGAGCUUACUGUUAUGUUUUUAAGAGGUGCCAGGGGGACAUUUUUGCACUGAAGACUAGUGUUUUAAAACACACACACACUUCUGAGCAAAGCAAUCCUUUGUGUCAUUACGUUUAUUUACCCAUGUGUUUGUACAUUUUUGUAUUUGUUAAUUUAUGAAUGAUUUUUUCAGUAAAAAAUACAUAUUCAAG